AUGGCGAUCUCUGGUGAGACACUGAAGACGGGUGAAGAGUGGGACGAUGAAGAGGCCCAUGAGGACGUCGAAACGUGUUCUGAGAAUCAUAAUGAAAAUGACAAAGCUGUGGAAAAUAUGAAGACGAGGUCGCCCAAGUGGAUCAAACAACACUGUGAUGAUUUGGCUUUUGUUCCUCCCGGUGAUGUCGAAGAACGUGGGGAUGCGGAGAGUGGAGUGAUGGGAGCUGGGAUCAGUGGUCAGGGGGCCACCAAGCGCCGCUUGGACAAAGGACUGGAGUGCCCCCUGCUCCGAAAACGUGACAACAUGGAAGGACUCUGCAGAUUCCAAGUCACAAAGUUCUUGGGAUGGCAUACAGCUCACGUCCAAUCUCAGUACUACGCAACAAAUGUAGAACGAGAACGUACUGGAACAAUGCCAGGAAAGAGAAUUGCGGUGAUUGGUGCUGGGGUCAGUGGAUUAGGGGCCAUUAAGAUCUGUCUGGAAGAGGGAUUGGAGCCCACCUGCUUUGAAGGAACCAAUGACAUUGGAGGACUGUGGAGAUACCAGCAUGAUAAUGUGCUUCACAAGAUUGAAUUAGGAAUCAACAGGUUCAAAGGUCAAUAUAUCCACAGCUAUGAAUACAGGAGUCCAGAGAAAUUUCAGGGGAAGAAAAUAAUUGUGGUUGGCAUUGGAAAUUCUGGAGCUGACUUGGCAAUUGAGCUCAGUCAUGUAGCUUCACAGGUGUAUCUCAGCACAAGGCAGGGUGUGUGGAUUUGGAACCGGGUCUGGGAUAAUGGAAUGCCCAUGGACACUGUUCUCUUCACUCGUUUAAAGACCAUCCUCAACAAAUUUUACCCUACGUUCUUAAUCAACAGAUGGGCAGAGGAUAAAUUAAACGCUCGAUUUAACCAUGACGUUUAUGGCUUACUACCUAAACACAGACUUCUCAGUCAUCAAGCUACUUGUGGUGAUGAUCUACCCAAUCACAUAAUAUCUGGAAGAGUUCUGAUAAAAUCAGAUGUUAGGGAGUUCACAGAGACGUCAGCCAUCUUUGGAGAUGGUACAGAAGAGGACCUUGAUGUUGUUAUUUUUGCCACAGGAUAUAGUUUCUCUUUUCCCUUUUUGGAAAACAAUGCAACAGUUCUGGACAGCCAGCACUCCAUGUUUAAAUUUGUCUUCCCCCCUCAACUAGAGAAACCAACACUAGCUUUCAUUGGCAUCCUCCAGCCAGUGGGAGCCACCAUUUCCACAUCGGAACUCCAGAGCUGAUGGGCCAUGCGUGUAUUCAAGGGAUUGAACAAAUUACCUUCGGUGAGUGGCAUGAUGGUAGACCUAAGAUGGAAGAGAAAAAAAUUUGAAAAAGAAUUCCUGAAUAAUCCUCGCGACACAUGCAGAGUGCAAUACGUGGAAUACAUGGAUGAGAUUGCCUCUGAAAUAGGAGCGAAACCCAACCUGCCCUCCAUCUUCCUGUGGGAUCCAAAGAUGGCUAUAGAAAUUUUCUUUGGCCCAUGCACGCCUUACCAGUACCGCCUGCAGGGGCCAGGGAAGUGGGCUGGGGCUCGGAGAGCCAUCCUGACCCGGAGAGAGUGGAUCAUCAAGCCCCUGAGGACUCGAACCCUCAUCUGUGACCAGCCUCCAUCCUCUGUGCCAUUUUGGCUUAAAAGCGCCUGUGCAGCUCUUCUCCUCUUUGUUCUCACCUUAGUCAUUAUUAAAGGAUAA